AUGUACAGGCCGCGAAACAAAAGACACAACCAGAAGCUCUGUAGUUUGGGGUGCAGCCAGUUUAACGUUCUUUCGCCUGGCGGGGGCGAUGAGCAUGUUCAUACAGCGCAGAUGAGUAUUGAUUUUUGGAGAUCCAGUAGUUGGAAUCCGAAAACAAGCGGGGGCUUCGCUUUACUUUAUCAAGUGAUGCGGAUGUCGAGGACGGACCACGCGCAUUUCUCUGAUCGAGUUGUAGCAGCACUCUCUGCUCUCUCCUUUCACAGCAGUUUCAGUUGUGCGUACGUUUCUGACUGUUUCCCAGAAAAUGAAAAUAUCAAGGAGAAACAAAACAGUCCUCCGAGUAAAUGGAAUCCAGAGCUGCAGCUUAUGACUCCCAAGAAGGUUGAAGACUAG